AUUUCAUAAUGUCUCGCCAAUCGGCAGUUCGAGCCGAUAACAGAAAAGUGGUGCGUUUCUUUGUGAUUUGUGUUCAAUUUUGGAGUGAAUGAACGGUGUUUUAGAGCAUACUAGAAGGUUAAUGUCGUAAAUUUGCUCUUUCGUCUUUCAUUCGAACAGAGUGCGGAAUUAUUUGUUUUGACACAUGGAGCACUUGUGGCACAGCUCGUCAAAGAUUAUGAAAGCGACGAAGAAGUUAACAAACAACUUGAUAAAAUGUAGGUAUAUUAUCUGAAGAACUCGUUAAUCGUCUUUAAAAAAUUAAGUGCAUUACGUACUAUUUUUUUAUGACAGUUGAUCUAGCUACAUACAGCUGCAGAAAUAGAACUCUACUUUAAUAUUCAAACCUCAACAAUUUCAUUUUAAGAAGAGAAGUUACUGAGAGUGUGAUAUAUUACAGACAAAAUGAUUUGGGAAUAACGAGCAGUAGUUUGAAGCAGGGUUAAAGAAAGUUCAGCAAUGUUUUCAGAGCUCGCUCAUCCUCCAAUAAUUAUUAUGGAUGUCACUAAUCUGCAGCCUCAUUUUGGUGAGGUCUAGGGAGACAUCGGGCGCUUUCCAUUUAGGAAAAAAACCCGGAAAUUUCGGUGGUAGCAAAAGUGGAAUUUCCGAUUGGUAAAAAGUUGUUCCAUUUGGUCGUAAACCCCGGUACGUGGCGGUGCCCGACCGUGGACCUGGAACUGGUACAAACUACGAGAAACGUAAAUGGAACAAGACAUUCCGUUCGGAAAUUCCAACCGGGAAAACGGGACCACCUUUUUAAAAUUUCCACUUUUUCUGGGAAUUUUCCAGUGGGACGAACCGACAAAAUGUGUUCCAUUUUCCUGCCGAACCGGAAAUUCCAGAAAUUUUGACUAAAGGGAAAGCGCCCAUCAUAAAGCUACAAAGCUACAAUGGAGGUCAAGCGUGUCAGGACCUCUAAUGUGAUAUACCGUAUUUAUUUGAUUAAACGCUGCGGGGUUUAUUUAAGACUGGCAUUUAUUUCAAAAUCACUUUUUUUAAAUCACUGAGAACAGUUAUUUGUAAAUCGUUUGUAAAUAUUGUGUAAUUUAAACGUUUUAAUGUCUCAAGUCUGGAUGGUGUAAAUUACCAAGUUGUACCAAGGUUUUUCUUAUUAGUCUCAAGUAAACAUCGCAUUCUGCUGAUUAGGUACAGCGUUUAUUCGAGGGCAGCAUUUAAUAAAAUAAAUACGGUAAUUUAUUAAAACUAAGCCCUACCCCCUCCCAUCCCAAACAAUAAAUUUGAAUUUUUUUCAAAAUGGGUGCAAGCGAGUCCUUUUUCAGCACAACAUUGCUAGUGGGGGGGUUAGGGGUAGGAGGAAGGGUGCAGAGUUGGGGGAUGGAGGGGUGAAUGCAAAGCUGAUCAAAAUGUUCCCAUUAGAGAAGAAUCAUGUGCAAGUUCUUUUCACCUCUACUGCAGAUAUAAGUUGUGUUCAAAUGGUAGAUGAAAUUAGCUUACAUGUCUCUACUAGGAACUUAUAAAAGGGCUACACUAAAGAUUGUAAUUUUUGUAAAGAGAAAAGCUGUACAGUUAAACCCUCAUGUGCCUCUGCUUUUCCUAUAAGUGAACACUUCAUUCCAAAACAGAAAAAUUUUACCUGUCAAGACCAAUAGUUGACACAACAAUAGUUGAACCAAUAGUUAAAGCAACAGCCUCCUGUGAUCGUGUUUUACCUGGGUCAGGUUGAAAACCUUUUACUACCUAACCUUUGUCUUGGGCGCCUUAAAAAUAUUGUCGUUCCUGAUCCAAGCCCAUUCAACUGUUCUGCCAGCUGGGAUCUCAAGAGCAUCUGCAGCUUAAGCUCUCUAAUACAAUUAAAUAUCUACCAACAUUAACAUUACAUAACAGAAUAAUGCAACAUUCUGCAAUUUAUUGUUUCAGGGGCUACAAUAUUGGAGUAAGAUUAGUGGAAGAUUUCUUGGCAAGAUCAAAUGUCGGUCGGUGUCACGACUUCAGGGAGACUGCUGAUGUUAUUGCCAAGGUAAACUCUGCAUGUAUUCAAGACAUUAACUUUGUUUUGUAACACAAUCCUAUUUGGUAUAAAGAUUAUCUUGCAUCGAAAAGGGCCCACACUGCAACAGUAUCACCAAGGUCAGUGUCUGAAUUUCAGCAGGCCUAAGUUUUUUCAAACCUUCUUUUCGAAACUGUGAUGAUCACUUCUGCAUUUAUUUCUCUAUCCCUCUGUUCAAAUAUAUUUUCAUUAUUUGUGAGUUAUGUUACAUCUGAAUUAUUUGUUUCAGCUAUUUGCUCAUUUCCACCAGCCUCUUUUCCUUGACACUGCCAAGAGGACAUAAAUCUAACUGAAAAUAAAAAGCCCAGUUAUUGUUUGUCAUUCACUAGAAUUUAUAUGCUGAUAAGCUUCAAAUCCUUCUGCGAGCUUCCUGUCGCAAAAACUACAAGUGAUUCUUGGUAUUGUGGAGACCAUUGUUGGUUAGCUUUUGUGUUGUCAGGGGCACCCAACGAGAAUAUAGUUCAAAACCACUUAAACAUAGCAUUAUUAAACGUAUUUUAGUACGUAGACAGUAGAUAAAGGCAUAUUUUUAUCCCCUAAAAAUUUUUGAUCUGUUCGGAUUUCCUAUCUGAAAGUCUAGUGAUCCGAAAAUUAUAGGGAUCAAAACUUACCUUUCUGAAAAUUUCAGCCAGAAAAAAGGCUCCCGACAAUUCUAGCUGACCUUUUUAGGGUAAAAAUCUGUUAAAAAUGGGCAAUUACACCAUUUUUUAGAUGUUCAAAAAUCGUAGGAAAGGCAGGCAAGCAAGAAAUUUUACAAUAAAUGUUCGGAAAAUUCUAGAUCACAUUUCGUCUUCCGAAAAGAUAUUUUCCGAAAAUUGACACUGGGUAGCCCUGUGUUGUGGCGUGGGUAUUGUUUGAUGUCUUUUCAUGCUUUUGUAUUAUGUCAGUUGGUGAUUGCACCCAUCUGCAACACCAAGAAACUGCCAAAAACCACCAAGGAAGGGUUGAAACUGAAGAAAUAACAUUUAGAUGAUCUCUUUUAUUGAUGAAAGCUAAUCAUAAAGGAAGUUGUUCAUCAGUGCCUAUUGUAAUUUUGCUAACAUUUAGAACUUAUAAAUUACUAAUCGUAUUUUCAAUUUUAACUUAUUCAGGUAUAGGCAAGGUUAUUGUUUACUUCCACUCUUCUUGUUCUUGUCUUUAUAGCUGGGCUUCAAAAUGUUCCUUGGAUUUUCCCCAGUGGUAACAAACUGGAGUGCAGCAUCGGAUGAAUUCUCUUUAAUCUUGGACAACAACCCUUUGGCAGAGUUUGCUGAGUUACCAGAAGGUCACGAGGGGCUUCUGUUUUCAAACAUUCUCUGUGGUGUGUUGAGAGGAGCCCUAGAAAUGGUAAAAAAUUUUACUAACUGCUGCAAAAAUUAAUACAGUUGAAGCCCUGUAGGUGAUCACCCAAAAUCAAAGUCUUAGUGGCUCUUACAGGAGGUGGUCGCUUACCAGACAAGAACCACAGGGGGCCUCUUCCGAGAAGUUGUCCAAACACAUCUACUUUAUUAUGGAAGAUUAUUUAUUUGUUUUGAUUUCUAAGUAAUACGUUAUGUGCAGUUCCACAUUGCUACUGAAGUUCUUUGUAUAUUGUAAGGAGCAUAAUACACACAGCAAACAUAGAAAUCAGACAAUGCAUCAAGCGGUCAUAUACAAGAGGUUAGAAACAGUGGAAAAUCAUUAAACCAUCAGCCCCCAAAAGUAAUCAAGGUCACCUACCGGAAGGUGGUAGUUUACGAGAGGUUCAAACUGUAAGGUGUUGACUGGGAAAAAUUUUAGUGUGUUCAAUUGGUGGUAACUUAUGGGAUAGGAGGUGGUCACUUUCAAGAGGUGAUCACAUGUGGAGGUUUUACCGUACUUGCUGUAUUUUUAACUAUCACUCACCCUAAAUUUUACCCGUUCAGGAAAAUCAUGUCCCUCCUUUGUCGUAUCCUGGCUACUUUUUAAGGACAUUGCUCUUACAUGUUGUAAUCAGUAAGGUGCCUUUUCCAUUAUCUUGAAGUCAUUUUUGAGAAGUUGGAGUCACUUCAGACUAUUAUGAAGUUUUUUGGAAUGCCUGCUCUGCUAGAUCUGCUAUCUAGAGAUAUUGAUCUUUGGAAGUGGAUUCUUCACAGAAUUUGAUUAACUCUUAUGUUGUGAGAACAGGACCUUUCAUGUACACAAAAGCUGUUCUUGGAAUUGGGAUUAAUAAUAAUUAGAAAAUCUGAAAAUUUGGAGGUCCAAAUUAAUGCACCCUCAGCACUUGAAGGUGUAACUGCCUUGGUUGCCAUGCUAAGUAGAAACAAAUGUUGGUGAUUAAAAUAUGCUGUAUAAGUCACCAAUUUGUUGCCCAUUAUUUGGAGGUAUAAAAUAUUAAUGUGGCACACCAAAGUGUUUUUGUUAGUUCGUGUUUUUGGUCUUUCUACUGUAAAAUUACAGUGAGAUCGUAAUACAUUAUUUUGCACAAGAUGUUAUUUAAUUUUUUGCUCUAUUUUCUUUCCCACCCUGGCCGACCAAUUAUUAAGCCUUGAGAUGUCAUGGGUACCUCCAUUGUGGUUUCCAACAGUCGGGUUGCCAUUAGCUUACUCUGAUUAAGAAUUUUUUUUUUUGACAACCAAUAUCCUAUGUCUGGUGACCAUUUUGUAAUAUGAAAAGGUCGCUAAGAGGCGAUUUUUUUAAAAAUAGUUGUGAAUGAAGCACUGACCCUGAGUGUAUGCUAUUAUAAGAUGCCAAGUAAUUAAAUAUUUUGUUUCUCUGUUUAUGUUUUCAAGGUGCAAAUGGAAGUUGAUGUGUGGUUUGUUCAAGAUUCCUUGCGUGGAGACGAUACUACUGAAAUUAGACUCAAAUUUGUUAGGAAAUUAGAAGAUGCUUUGCCAGCUGGCGAGGAUUAGACACUUUAUUAUGUAUUUUGACAUUUAAUGUAAUGUAAAAACAGCAGUUUUAGUAACACAAAAUGUGAUCAGGACUAAAGCUUUAGGGAAAGAGAGAAUUUGGAAUCUUAAUAUUUCUUCUGCACAAGAAAUAAGCCAUUUCUGAGUUGCUGUAAACCUCUGCUUCAUAGCGAGGCUAAGUGUGAAGCCAUUUAUAUGAAACUAAUUUUUAAUUAUUAAUUUUUAAUUAUUUUAAUUAUUCUCAUGCAAAUGAAACUCGUUUUCACAAUAAAGGUUUUGAACUUAGGGCCUGUUUACAUGGAGGUGGAGGACCCGAGGUAGGUGGGGUAACCCCCCUGUGCAUAUAAUCUCUCAUAUUAAUUUGAUCACGUUUACAUUUGUGAGGUAAUCAUAUGAGAGUUUAUAUGGACAAGCGGGUUACCACACCUAAGCGAGUUACCAAACCUACUUGGAUCCCCCCCUGUCAUGUAAACAGGCCCUUAGCCUCGUUUUGAAUGUGAGAGUUUUUGGAACUCGAAAAUGGCCUAUUCGUGAAAUACUUACAUGUAAAUUAUUGUUAAUCCAUUCAGUUACGUGACGAACUAAUCUCGCAGUUAAAAAUAUUUGUGGCCCUGCUUAGGUUAUCCGGUUUCUUCAGUUUAAGGCAGUGUAGGUUGUUUCGAUUUUAGGUAGCUGGAACAUAAAUAAUCUGAUAAAAAAAAGGAUCGUUUUGUUAAUUAUACCUGUCAACAUCUUAUUUGUUUAGGAAUCAAAGGCCUCAUGCUUGUUUGGCGAAUACGUUAUAAUCUAAGGUAGCGGUCCUUGAAACCAAUCGAAAUUUGCAUUCCCUGACCGAGAGGAAUGGUUCCUUAUAUCACCAUUAAAAAAAAAACAAUGGACAGGUUUUUUUGCCAAGUGAUUUGGCAGGGUAUACUUACACCAUUGCGUGCAGAGUAAAACGUGAGCUGGAAAGCACAGUCGGUAGAGCACUUUACUAUAGAGCGGGAGGUCGUGGGUUUGUUUCUGUUGUUUCCCAGGGCCGGACCAAUACUUUGUAGGGUCUAUGGCUCGGAAAUGAAGGCACUGCCCCCUGAAACGGCUACAGCUUUGUGUGGCUCGGAUGACCACGUAAAAUGGCGGUCCUGUCUUUAGGGUUACCGCCCGGGGUUACCGAUCGUUUCGACACAAGUUUAAUAAUUAUUCAGUCGAGUUGUAAAUAUUUUCACGUGCUUGGCUUAAAGAACGAAGAAUGUUCAGCCAAAAUGCUUUCCUUGUUCACGCGCAAGCUAUACUUGAAGUGAUCGAAAUUUAUGUGCAAUUUCACUGCUUGAGUUUGUAUCGAAACGACUGGUUACCGUCUUUAGAAGCGGAUGUAAAAAUUGUGUCCAAUCAGCACUUUCUUGCUAACACGUUAGCACUCAAAUAAAGGACUUAUUUAGCCCUUUUUUGUAAGAAAGUGCAACUGCCUCUUGCAUUUACACCCCAACCGUCUUGCGCCAAGUGAUUAUUCUUAAUAAUCAAUUCGAAAUGGUACUCUCUUCUUGAACCAACUUAGUAACUGACCCAAGUUUCA